GGGUGACCCAAAGCAGGCAACGUGUUAUUCGUGCAGAAAGACGGGCUAUCACAGUUGACUGAAGCUGGAGAGUGUGUGUGUGACAGUAGCAGACUAGCAGUAGAAGUAGAGUGGGACGAGAGAGAGGAGAACCAGAAGACUAAAGAGAGAAACCAGAGAGAGAGAGAGAGAGAGAGAGAGAGAGAGAGAGAGAGAGAGAGAGUAUUAGAAGAGAAGGAGGUUUCGGAUUUUAGGGAUUUCGUAACGUCUGGAGAGAAAAAAGAUCUCAACAACGACAAGGAGCAGCAACAAAUCAAAAUUGCUUGCAUAUACAAACCAGCGGUUUUGGAGUCUGCGAAAUAGCGGUAUCAAGCAACGCCAUAAGCGGUUUUGUAACUGAACCAGUGCCUCGCUAGUCGUUACAGCCGCCACUUGCCAGUAUUGAAAAAAUGAAUUCUCACACAUAACCGUCGUGUUUGGCUAGCUUUACUGGUUCUCUCCUGCCGAGCUUCGUCGCUUACUUCGUGGUCAUUAAUGGGGUAGAGUGGUGACUCAACUACUUCUCAGUGCGUUCUAUGAGCUUCUCUAAUGGAACUUGAUUUCUGUUCUCUGUAGCGUUGAUACGACAUCGUUUGAUGGCGCAUGGAGAGGAUAAUCUGAGGGGCGGAUCCUUUUCUGAUGUGGAUGCUGAUUCUAGUUUGUAUACGGAGUUAUGGAAGGCGUGUGCAGGGCCUGUGGUGGAUGUUGCAAGGGCUGGAGAGAGGGUUUACUACUUUCCUCAAGGUCACAUGGAACAGGUAGAGGCAUCGACUAAUCAAGAAUGGAAUCAGCAAAUUCCACGGUUUGAUCUUCCUUCUAAGAUCCUCUGUCGCGUUGUGAACAUUCAGUUACUGGCAGAACAAGAGACUGAUGAGGUUUAUGCCCAAAUCACUUUGCAACCGGAAUCUGGCCAAACUGAACCCAGUCUUCCUGAUCCCUGCCUUCCUGAGCCGCCCAAGGAAGCAGCACAUUCAUUUUGCAAGAUUUUAACAGCUUCUGAUACUAGCACUCAUGGAGGGUUCUCUGUUCUUCGAAAGCAUGCCACUGAAUGCUUGCCGCCACUGGACAUGAGCCAGGCAACCCCAACUCAGGAAUUGGUUGCGAAAGAUCUUCAUGGAUAUGAAUGGAGAUUUAAACAUAUAUAUAGAGGUCAACCUAGGAGGCAUUUGCUUACUACGGGGUGGAGCACAUUUGUUAAUUCGAAAAGACUCGUUGCAGGAGAUGCCUUUGUGUUCCUUAGGGGUGAGAGUGGGGAAUUACGGGUUGGGGUUCGGCGUCUUGCUCGUCAGCAGAGUACCAUGCCAACAUCUGUUAUAUCAAGCCAAAGCAUGCAUUUAGGAGUGCUUGCCACUGCUUCUCAUGCUAUUAUGACCCAUACCAUCUUUCUUGUAUGCUACAAACCAAGGAUUAGCCAAUUUAUUAUUGGUGUAAACAAAUAUCUUGAGGCUAUUAACAAGAGGUUCUCUGUUGGUAUGCGCUUCAAGAUGAGAUUUGAGGGAGAAGACUCUCCUGAGAGGAGGUUCACAGGCACCAUUGUUGGGAUUGGUGAUUUUUCUGCACAGUGGCGGGAUUCUACAUGGCGGUCACUCAAGAUUCAAUGGGAUGAACAAGCAACGAUGCAAAGGCCGGAUAGGGUUUCUCCCUGGGAGAUAGAGCCUGUUGUUGCUUGUGCUGCUCCUAAUGUUUCUCAAGCUGCAGUAAAGACCAAAAGGCCUCGGCCUGUUGAUAUUCAGACUUCUGAAAUCACUUCCAAUUCAGCUGCUUCACCUUUCUGGUAUCCUGGAUCAAACCAGUCCCUCCAUGAACUGGCUCGAGUAAGUUGUACUGCUGAUGCUCAAAGAAGUGACUGUCAAAUUGUCUGGUCUCUGAGACAGAAAGAAGUUGAUGGUGGUCCAGUCAAUAGUAGUAGCUUUGGUAACUUGAGGGUCCAACCAGAGCAUGUGUGGUCUUCUUCUUAUAUGAGUCCAUCUCUUAAUCUUUUUCCAGAUUUUGUUGAGGAGGACAACAAAACCGUUGUACUUCAGCCUAUGACUGCUGGACAUCCCCCUCAAAUUCCAUCAAUGCUGAACAGUGGCAUGGUAGACAGCCAAGUGGAAAAAGGGAAUAUAUUGGACAAUCCUACUGGUUUCCGAUUAUUUGGAAUUGAUGUAAAAAGGGACUUUGAUCGUGGCGCUCAUCCAGAGAAUAAACACUCAAGUCAAAAAACUGUUUCUGGGGCUGGUUAUGUACAUGUUUCAGCAGCAUCUGAUGCUCAAAAUUUGGAUAGUGCUGACGUCUCAAAGGAACAGAAGCAAGUUAUUUCUGAAAUAUCAGCAAGAGAAGCACAGAGCAAGCAAGGCUUCACUGCCUCCACUAGAACUCGUACCAAGGUCCAAAUGAAAGGGUUUGCUGUUGGUCGUGCUGUUGACUUAACUGUGUUAAAAGGUUACGGUGAUUUGGUAGAUGAGUUGGAGAAAAUGUUCGAGAUCAAAGGAGAGCUUCAACUUCGAGACAAAUGGGCUGUUGUUUUUACUGAUGAUGAGGGGGAUAUGAUGCUUGUAGGAGAUGAUCCGUGGACUGAAUUUUGUAAGGUGGCAAAGAAGAUCUUUAUAUAUUCAGUGGAUGAAGUGAAGAAGAUGAGAACGAAAGGCAAGCUCCUUGCAUCACCGCUGGAAGGUGAACCUGCCGCUAUCAGCUCAGAUUCAGAACAUCCUUCUGAGACUUGAAAGGGAGCUCAAAGCAUGCAGAAAACUGGAGCAGCACAUUGAAAAAAAAAAACCCAACAAAACUUUCGUCAGGGAAAGGAAAAGAGCUUUGGUAUACCUAUUGUGAGAUGUCUGUUUUUAUUGAUGGCCAUUAAUAGUACUUAUUUUCUUGGGACUAGAAAGCUUGUGACAUGUAACUAUCUAUACAGUUAUACAAUGAUACUAUUAUUCCCGGCAAUGGGAAAGCCUAUAUGAUUUGAUAAGGUAUUUAUUUUUCUAUA